ACACGACAUCCCUGCAUCCGACCCGCCUUCAACCCCUUCCUCCUUCCAUCUCCGUCCUCUCCAUCGCGCAAGGCGACGUCGCGCUCGAUGGUGGCUGUGCCGAAGAAGAGGACACUGAAGAUUGGCCGUGCACUGAAGACUGCUGCGAGGCUACCUGCACGCGUCUCUGGCGGCAGAGGCAGCGGCAGAAACACCUUUGCGCCUCUUCCUGGAGAAGUCCCGGUUGUCCUGCUGCGUGUUCAGGUCGUUGGUUGCAACGACUUGAUAGCGAAGUAUAGGAAUGGUCACAGCGAUCCCUUUGUAGUGAUUUCCUUACUACGCGAUCGCCACCAAACGCCCGUGAUGCGACGGACGCUGAACCCGACAUUCACGCCCAAGGAUGCCACGUUCGACUUUCCGAUAUACCUCUCGCUGGCCGACAAGCUGGGCGUCCUCGAGUUCGUAGUCUGGGACAAGGAUAUGCUGAAGAAGGACUAUCUGGGCGAGGCUAAUAUACCUUUGGAAGACUGGUUUAGGGAUGACAAUGCGUUCUCCUUUGACGAUGCUAAGAAUAAGCUCGUCACGGCGCCCAUCGUCUCCACCAGAACGUCGACGCUCGCAACAGGCACGAUUCAGUUCAAGCUUGGCUUCGUGCCGCCGUCAACCCAUCUCACACUGGUUGAUUACAGUGAGGUGUUCUCAGAACUCGUCAAGCGGUCGAGACCGAGCCUUGUUUCCGCGCCACCGACGGAAGGUAUCGGCACCAUCCGCUCGCAUCAGACAGGACCCGAGUUCCAGGAUGACGGCUUCACGUCCGAUGAGGGUGAACCCAGCGAAGAAGAAGAAGAUGAAGUCACUCCAUUGGCUCAGAUAUACGCCCCUUCUGCUCACUCCGGUUUGCCUGCUGCAGAGCCGCUGAUUUUGCCGAUCCUUGAUACUCCCACGACGCCUACCCAGUCUACUCCACCUGGCAUCAAGACGCCGAUCGCAAGUAAGCCGCCGUCUCCGUCAUUCAAGGGCAUUCCAAGGAUCUUUCCCAAGCGAUCAAAUUCUGGAAAAAUAGCUCGCGCGGAAUCAUCUACGCUGACGAGCAUUAGUCCUGGACCAUCAGCAAGCUCGUCAAUCGGCUCGUCGCCGCCUCAAACCGGGCCUUCGACGCCCGUUGCGCGUUCUAAUCUUGCCUCGCGAGCGAAGUUUCGUAAGUCAUGGGGCGGUAGCAAACAGAAGGAGUUCAACUUCUCUGCGGCGAAUGACAUAUUGGGAAUCGUUAUGCUGGAAAUUCAGAAGGCUCAUGAUCUUCCAAAGCUGAAGAACAUGACGAGGACGGGAUGGGAUAUGGACCCCUUCGUCGUCAUCUCAUUCGGCAAGAAAGUCUUUCGCACACGCGUCAUCCGUCACUCGUUGAAUCCAACAUGGGACGAGAAACUUCUUUUUCACGUUCGCCGGUACGAGACUGCAUUCAAGGUGCAGCUGACCGUGCUUGACUGGGACAAGCUUUCGUCAAACGACCACGUCGGCGAUGCAAGCUUCGAUGUCUCCGAGCUGCUCGCGAACGCGCCUCAGAACAACCCGGUUACUGGACUGUAUCCCGAAGACGUGGACGGCUCUCACCCGAUGCAAGAGUUCACGCUCCCGCUCACUACGGCGAAGCAAAUGCCAUGGGAGGAGAAGCACAAGCCGAUCCUUACUAUUCGUGCCAAGUAUCAACCAUACGAUGCCCUCCGCCAACGCUUCUGGCGACAGUAUCUUAAGGAGUACGACACUGACGACAUCAAAGCGCUGUCCCACAUCGAGUUGACCUCCAUGCUUGACUCAUUAGGCUCAACGCUUUCUCGUGAGACUGUGGACUCGUUCUUCACACGUUUUGGCAAGAAGCCGCGCGAGGACCUGCUCACUGUCGAUGAGGCCAUUCAGUGUCUUGAAACGGAGAUCUGCCGCCCACGCAGCGAGAAGAAGCUUGUCAACCCGGACGAGAGUGCCUUCGACACAAGUACUCCCGUCACGCCGGCUGCAGUCGCUGGCAACGGGUUUGAACACCAGCUGAGCUUGAAUCUGGACAAAUUGGACUUUUCUGGUCCACCGCUGACACUGCCAUACUUGAAUAAGGAUGCAGCCUCCGAUACCGAUGUGCUGCGCAAGCCGGCUCCUCCACCUCCACGUCCUACCGAGCCCAUGCAGCAAUCUCUGAUGAAUGCUGCUGGGCUUCCUCACACGCACUCCCUUCCCUCUCUGUCCCAUCCCUUCAUACGACAGCCUUCAGGUUCGUCCUCCGAUCCGGAAGACUCCUCAGGUUCAAGUUCUGACAAUGCGAAGAUUGACGACCUGUUCGAACGUGUGAUCAACAUCAAGGCCUGCCCGUUGUGUCACCGGUCUAGGCUUAACUCCAAGGCGGAGGUGGACAUAGUGACCCAUAUCGCCACGUGCGCGAGUCAAGACUGGUCGACGGUCGACAGAAUUGUGGUUGGCAACUUCGUCACGGCAAGUCAAGCACAGCGCAAGUGGUACACGAAGGUGAUCAGCAAGGUGUCGAGCGGAAACUACAAGUUAGGCGCGAACUCGGCAAAUAUCAUCGUUCAGAAUCGCGUUACGGGGCAACUGGAAGAGGAGAAGAUGCAAGUAUACGUGCGGUUGGGUAUCCGGCUUCUGUACAAGGGAUGGAAAAGUCGGAUGGAGGGUGCUCGGGCCCGACGCUUGCUCAAGUCAAUGUCCAUCAAGCAGGGACUCAAAUAUGAUUCAACGGAAUCGGCGCGUGACAUUCCAGCUUUCAUCGCUUUUCACAAUUUGAACAUCGACGAGAUCUUGGAUCCACUGGACUCUUUCAAAACCUUCAAUCAGUUCUUCUACAGGCGAUUGAAGCCGUCUGCCCGCCCGAUAGAGUGCCCAGAUAACCCAUACCGUCUCAUCAGCGGUGCUGACUGCCGUCUGAUGGCCUUCGAGACCAUCAGCGAGGCUACACGGCUCUGGAUCAAGGGCCGCGAGUUCACGGUCAGCCGACUGCUUGGUGAGCACUACAAAGCGGAAGCAGACCGCUAUGCCGGCGGUGCGCUAUGCAUCUUUCGACUGGCGCCGCAGGACUAUCAUCGCUUCCACUCGCCUGUUGAUGGUACGAUUGGCCCUAUGACGUACAUCCACGGCGAAUACUACACGGUCAACCCACAAGCGAUCAGAACGGCACUGGAUGUCUAUGGGGAGAACGUGCGCAAGGUCGUGCCGAUCGAUAGUCCGCAGUUCGGUCGGGUUAUGUUCGUGUGCAUCGGCGCGAUGAUGGUCGGCAGCAUCAAAACGACGGUUGAAGAGGGCCAGCAUGUGGAGCGUGGACAGGAGCUCGGGUAUUUUGCAUUUGGUGGGUCGACAGUCGUUGUUCUAUUCGAGAAAGGCGUUGUCGAAUGGGACGAAGACCUCCUCAUCAACGGCCGGGCAUGUCUCGAGACCCUCGUUCGCGUUGGGAUGGGUAUUGGCCGCGGUCGUCGGCAGCGUUCAGAUGUUGUGCAACGUCCUUCGUGAGAUCGUGCAUGGCCGUGACAAGUAAAUAUCGAGGAACUAUGAUACCACGGAUUAAUAUUACUCAACACUUGUAUAGUAGUCGAGCAUCGGCGAUAGAGAGCUUCGACAAUGCGGAACAGUUAGAACAGGCAGCAGCAUACAGCGGUGCCAGGGCGACGAGUCGGAGCAUUGGAACCUUGCACUUGGCUGGUUUGAGGAAGC